AUGCUUUAUUCUUACUUUUUCUUUCUUUCUCCUCUUUCCUUUUUCUCCCUUUUGAAUUUAUCAUAUUUCUAUUUAUCUCAUUUUCGCUCACUAGCUUCUUUCUUUUUAAUCUUUGUUCGUACAUUUUCUUUGUUUUCAACUCUUUCAUUUUCUCCUUUUUUAAAUUAUCAUUUUAUUAAAUUUAUUUUUUGUUCAAUAGUUUUUUUUAUCUUUCUUUGUAGUUUCUUUCCUUCCUUUUUAUUUCUUUUCAUUUUUCUUUCAAUCUUUCAUUCUUUCUUUCUUUCUUUUUUUUCUGACGUUCUCUUACGUUUUUCUCUUUUUUUAACUAAUAUUAAUUAUUUUUUGUUUAUUUUUCGUUUCGUAGAUUCUUUCUUUUCUAUUGUUGCUUAUUGUUUUUUCUUUCUUUCUUUUUCUCGUUCUUUCUUUUCAAUUCUUUCCUUUUUCUCUCUUUUUAAUUUAUCUUAUUUUUUUUCAUUUAUUUUUCGUUUCGUAGCUUCACUUAUUUUUUUAUCGGUAAUUUUUUUCCUUCUUUAUUGCCUCCUUUUUUCUUUAUUUCUUAUUCUUUUUUCUUUCUUUAUUUCUUUUCAACUCUUUCGUUUUUUUUCAUUUUUUAAUUUAUUUAAUUUUUGUUUAUUCAUUUUUCGUUCUGUAGCGUCUUUAUUCCUUAUCUUUUUCCAUUUUAGUCUUUCUUUCUUUCUUUCUUUCUUUCUUUCUUUCUUUCUUUCUUUCUUUCCCUUUUCUGCCAGUUCUUUGUUAUUUCUUUUUGGUUCUCUUUCUUCUCUAUUUUCUAUGUUUUUUUUCUUCUAUUUUAUUGAUCAUUUCCUUUUUUUAAUUUAUCUAUCUGUCGCAGUAAUAUUCAUCUCUACAUUUGUUCAUAAAUCGAUAUUGCCGAUAAAUCUCAAGGCUUAG